AUGGGAAUUAGCAAUUUUGGAAUGCCACAUUGGUUCGUGUUGACCCUUUUGCUGCUCUUUCGCUCGUGCGAAGGAUUCCACUUCAAUGUAACACGAGUGAUACACGGGGACCGCCGUGACUUAUUUACGAACAUGGAUCCUCUUGGAAAGUGUCCGCGGCGAAAUGACAAUGGAAGGCAGUGGUGUUUGGACAGGAAUGGAGAUUGUAGUAAUCUAGGAUGCUGUAUUUGUAGUUGCACUUAUUCUCAUUCAACAUUUCGAAUGGGUACCUCUCCAAAAACUGCAACUUGUGUAGAAAAUUCUUCUUUUCGAACAUUUGCAAGUAAGGGGUUUCGCAAUAUUUUGCUUUCGACUGUAUUGGCGCUCUUUGUUUUAUUAAAAAAUCCGGUAUGCUUGUGCAUAGAAAAUGUUUAAUAGCACUUAGAAAACGUUGUGAUGGAGGGAAAAGAAUAUUAUAUCUUUGUAAACGAGGUUUUAAGAAUUUCACUUUGCGUGAAGGCGUGUUUGUCGCUGUCGGGAAGAAUGAAAAAUUAUUUUCAGAGGCGAUUUUUAAUUUUUUUUUAAGACUACAUCAACGUGUAUUUUAUUUACCUUUCAUAAUCCACCUAAUAAACGCAUUUCAAGUUCAUUUACUGUAUAUUCAUCUUGGUCUAAUCGAAGACUAUUGCGCAAUGUAAACAUACAUUUCCUUGCCUCUGGACAGCACUCGUCACGCAAAUCUUCCAGAAUUGCGUGACAACCAGAUGUAUCUGUAGAAAGCAUUUCCGUUCUGUACUUUUCCUUUCAAAGGUAGGAAAGCUAAACAUGACGGUAAAAUCAUAGUUUCUUUUCUCUGUUUAGAUUGUUCACAGACAUUUGCAACUAUUCUUAAGUCACAACCUCUUUUAACGCUGAAUCUCAAAGCACAAGGAUCUAAAGGCAUGAAUGGUUCCUUGCCAGAUAAGUGUAAAAUUACAGGCGCUCAGUAUCUUAAGCAGAAUUUAUGGAAGGAUCUCGGCAGGAAAGAGAAAGACACAUUUUACAUUAGACGAAUUCCUAAAUGGCCCUAUACCAACCUUGCGGUAUGUUAUGUUUUGUGUAAUGUUUAAAUUGUUGUGGGUGACAAGAGGAGCUUAUUAAUCUCCAGGUUGUUAUUACGCAUGCAUCAGAUGUAUGUAGCCAGCAUUCGUUUGGUCUUCCACUNAAACGCAUUUCAAGUUCAUUUACUGUAUAUUCAUCUUGGUCUAAUCGAAGACUAUUGCGCAAUGUAAACAUACAUUUCCUUGCCUCUGGACAGCACUCGUCACGCAAAUCUUCCAGAAUUGCGUGACAACCAGAUGUAUCUGUAGAAAGCAUUUCCGUUCUGUACUUUUCCUUUCAAAGGUAGGAAAGCUAAACAUGACGGUAAAAUCAUAGUUUCUUUUCUCUGUUUAGAUUGUUCACAGACAUUUGCAACUAUUCUUAAGUCACAACCUCUUUUAACGCUGAAUCUCAAAGCACAAGGAUCUAAAGGCAUGAAUGGUUCCUUGCCAGAUAAGUGUAAAAUUACAGGCGCUCAGUAUCUUAAGCAGAAUUUAUGGAAGGAUCUCGGCAGGAAAGAGAAAGACACAUUUUACAUUAGACGAAUUCCUAAAUGGCCCUAUACCAACCUUGCGGUAUGUUAUGUUUUGUGUAAUGUUUAAAUUGUUGUGGGUGACAAGAGGAGCUUAUUAAUCUCCAGGUUGUUAUUACGCAUGCAUCACAUGUAUGUAGCCAGCAUUCGUUUGGUCUUCCACUUAGAAUGUAAAUUAUGUAUGGAAUGCACAUAACACAAUUUGAUCACGCACGAUUGAGUCUUCUAUCACUCUUAAUCUGAUCAUGAUCAUGCGUGUUUUGACUUUCUGUUACGUAAAACUUACGCAAAGCACAGCACUGGAGCAAAAGCAUUUUGACCUUUGGUCAUUGUCACCCGCACCCCAUAACCUUUGGUUAUUACUAGUUAUAAUGAAAUAUAUAUACAACUGUAUAUGCUUUUUUGUAAUUUAAUUAACUGACAGGAAGUGUCGACUCUCCCCUCCCCUAAUACACCAUGUUGCCUUAAGCUAGAAGUUAGUGAACUAGCAUUGCAUUAGGGGAGGGGUGAGUGGGGAGUACCCCAGAAUCUCCACUUCUCUAAUACUUUUGUUGUUUUUCUUUUAAUUUGUGUGUCAUCAGUGGACUGGGAAAAUGCCAUCUUUGUACUCUGGCUACAUAAUGAAAUUAAGUGGUGAAUGUGACAAAGGACCUCCAGUGCAUAGGGAGUUCUGUGUUCUGUUCAAAACAAAAGGCAACCAAUCAUGUGAGUGCAACAAAAUUGUUGGUUAAUACUCCUCUCUUCUUCUUAAGAGCUCAUUCAUUUCAAGCUUGUUAAUGUUCAGGAGUUAGUGUGAAUGUCAUAAAAGCCCCACCCAACUAUAAAUAGGUUGUCCCGCGGGGUUCCUGAAGCACUAAGGAGUAUUACACCUUCCUCCCCCAAGAUUACUUGAUGAACGUACAUUAAAGCAACACUGACAUAUAUAACAGGGACAGGGAUGGAUACCUCUUGUGCUGGAUGGGCACCCAGAGCUGUUAUUAUGGGCAGGGGGGUGGGGAUUUCCCCCAAAUAUUAUGAAAGUGGCCCCCGGCUACUUUGUCAGGAAAAUAGAAGAAAAAUAGAAUCAAAAGAAAUCCCUAACUGUUUGAUUCCCCACCUAUUCAGUGGUGGAUUCAGGGGAGGGGCCCAAGGGGGCCAAGCCCCCCUUAAUUUUAGACCAAACUGAGGCCCAAAGGGCCGAAAAAAUUUGUUUUUGAGAUCAGCCCCCCCUCUUUAUCUCAGGGGCUGGAUGCCCGGGCCCCCCCUUAUCUGACGGUCUGGAUCCACUCUGCUACUCUCUGUAUUUACCCAGCAACUUGAAAUCUUAGUGACAUCCCUACGCACCCCCUUAUUUGGCCUAAACAAGGAUGUACUGGUUUCAUUUGUUCAAAGGGUGGAUAACACUAUCCACUGGAUAAAUGUCUAUUCACUGAAUAAUGCAAUAAUAUUGGUUUCCCGCAUACUUCUCCUCUGGAUAGUGAUUUAUCUGGUGGAUAGCACUAUCCAUCUUUUGAGCAACUGUGGCCUGCUGAACAGGGUGUAGCUUUCAGGGUCUUGCAUUUUAAACAAGGUGUCGCACGUCUGUGUGGACUAGAGCCUUGAACAGGGCGGGGUUCAACUUGGGUGGUGUGAGGUUUACAUGGUCAGUGCUAACAAUUUUUUUCUAAAAGUUAAAUCCUAUCAUGGUUAUAUAUAUGUAUAAAAUACUUAUACAAUAAGGGUCAUAGCCUGCAUAGCAAGUGUUUCCGUGCGGUUUAGGAGCAAAGAAAGAGGAACGAGAGUCAAAGACCGCAUGAAAAAUUGUUCAUUUCUUGCGCGGCCAAAACUGAGAAUCCCGUUCCUCGGUCUUUCUCUGCUCCGAAACCAAACGGAAACGCUUGCUACGCAGGCUAUAAGGGUCAUGAAAAGUGAAACGAAUGGUUUUUGUCUCAAACUGGGUCAGGCUUUGUAGGCCUCAGUGGCACACCUCUACCCAAACUUUACAUAAGUGUCCCCCCUGCUCAGGGUUUUUUUUUUUAUCAACUAAACUUAUAAAGUCCUCUGCGGAUCUUUCUACUAACGACACAGUUUGUCUUUCAAAAGGGACCUUUCCAGAUCCUACAACUCAAGCAUAUCCAAUUACAACUUCAAUGUCUAUAACCACAGCAAAAUCCCAAACCACAGCAACACCCCAAACCAAGGGAACGACAAAAGUGACAUCUGCAGUGAAAACAACUGUUAAGGCCACACAAACAACAAAGGUAACUGAAAGAUUAGUCUGGACAGUGUGAUUUUAAAUAAAAAUCAAAGUACCCAGCUAAAAUCUUGGACACUUCUCUAAAGCAGACAGACAAACUUCAUGCAUAUCUUGUUUAUAGUGUAGAUAUUCCUGAAAUGCAUACACUUGGUUCAUGGAGGUGGGGGCGGGGGAGGGGGGGGGGUAAGUACUAGAUAUACGGUCAAGCUGUGUUGUACAAGUUACUGGAAGCAGAGAAGACAGUUGGGGGGUGUGGGUGUGCGAGACAGGAGACAGUCGAGGCAUACGAGCGAAAAAGUAAAAUAAUAGUUGCGCCCUCGUUUCUCCCGCCCCUCACUCGUGUACUCGAUCCACUGUGACGCAAAAGAAAAAUAAGAGACUGCUCGCAGUCUAAGCGAAAAGGAAAUGGAAAAGGCCUCUACCCAGGCUCUCUUUGUUCUUGGUUUGUCAAGCAAAGUGCGCCCCAGACACGCAAAUGACCACGCGCGUGACUGAACUCGCCAACCUCGUUCCCCGAGGUUGUGAACUCGCGAGCGCGCGCGUGUGCACUCCCCUCACUAAAUCUGAAGAUUGACUGCUUGCAGUCUAAUAGGCUUUCCGUUAAUAACUUUUUUACCACUUCAUUGUUUUUGCAAGGCUCCAUACAGUAAACGAAAAACCACCAAUGCAGUCUCAGCAAAGCCCUCACCGGAGACCCCCAAAAUCACAAAGAGUUCUACUGAUAGUUCCGUCACAACAAAACCAUCACUCAAAACACAGCCUGCUACUACAGAUGUUAUAACCGUCACGCAUUCUAAAGAAUACAUUCCAGGGAGUAAAGAGGUUCACAAAGAUAAGGCACUGAGUGACAAAGAUGAUGAACGUAGCAUGACAAUGAUUGCAGUGAUAUCGGGAGUGGCAGCUGUUGGCUGUUUAGUCCUUGGAUUUCUGUGUUUAUGGUUCAUUAUAGUUCAACGGAGAAAAAGCAGGUACAGUGUGAAGUCAACCUUUAAAUUGUGGACCACUAGCCAUGACGGAAACCUAACGAGAAUCAAAGCUAAAUUCUCGGUAAAAAGUACAGACGUUUGACCGAAACAAACCUUGCUGUUACAGACUAAUACCCUCUCCGAUAUGGUUUUAUUGGCGGCACAAAAGUUAUAAAUCGGUAUAUAAAGAGCGUUUUCACAUGACUUCACGGCGGCCAAACAUUUUUGUUGUGUAAAAGCCCCCCCCCCCCCGGGGAGGGGGGGGUAAAAGCUUUCUUUUGUUCCAAUAAACGUGCAUAGAUAUUGGCCACGUGAGUGAAAACGCUUUAUAGUUUAGACUUUUCAACAUACGAGAACUAAAAAAAACUGCAUAUCUGUAAAUUUUUACACCAUGAACGAAAGACAACGUAACUGACAUUCAUCGUAACAUCGACGUCAUUGAUAGUCCUACUUAAUCGAUAGAAUGGACAGAAAAAGGUUUGACUAUUUUCAAAAUGUAUGUUUUUGGGAAAUUGUUUCUCAACGCUGCCUCUUUUUAAUGUGCUUUGCAGAGAUCUUGCUAACUACGAUGCAGGAACAACAGGUAUCAAAAGUCAUUUUAUGCAUGGAAAUGCUUUUUCCCCUAUCUCCAAACACGAAAAAAAGUCGGGAAAAAGUUUGCGCUGAGAGUCUUUUUUUAAUGAAUGUCGUUGUUGUUUCGUCAUUUGGGGAUAUAAAUCGCACUGAAGGUCUACAAAUUAUCUGUCACAUCAUUUAAGUCACAGUUAAUGUCAAUCACCCAAAGGGCAGGCCUAUGAGUUGUUAGCAACAACUUUAGACCAUGCAUCGGUCCACCCACUGUACUCCUCAGGGGUUAAUCUCUACCCUUAAAUCGCUAUCAAUCGGCUAGCAAAACUGGUCUCUUUAACACUGCUUUGCCACUGAAUAGUGAUUUAUCUGGCAAGUACCAUUACAUAUAAGUAGGUUUAGUUUGAUCGUCCGAGUGAACGUAGUCCUGAAUAGGACUGUUGUUGUUGACAGUGAGUGACGUUUCGACAACCUGCGCGGUAGUCAUCUUCAGAGUCAGGGACGAUCAUAGUAAACCUACUUUUGAAAUGACUCCUUGAUUCAAACCUUUCACAGUAUCUCCAUCUAUAUUCUGAGCAACUCGGGCUUGAUCUUGUUUGGUUUGAAUGACCUUACAGUCUGUGCAAACUUUGCCUUAAAUCCUUUGUUGAUACAGAAAACUAGGAGCUCGGAAUAUUUUCCUCUACGUAAGCCUCCACUUUGUUGUCUUAUUCUNGAACGAAAGACAACGUAACUGACAUUCAUCGUAACAUCGACGUCAUUGAUAGUCCUACUUAAUCGAUAGAAUGGACAGAAAAAGGUUUGACUAUUUUCAAAAUGUAUGUUUUUGGGAAAUUGUUUCUCAACGCUGCCUCUUUUUAAUGUGCUUUGCAGAGAUCUUGCUAACUACGAUGCAGGAACAACAGGUAUCAAAAGUCAUUUUAUGCAUGGAAAUGCUUUUUCCCUUAUCUCCAAACACGAAAAAAAGUCGGGAAAAAGUUUGCGCUGAGAGUCUUUUUUUAAUGAAUGUCGUUGUUGUUUCGUCAUUUGGGGAUAUAAAUCGCACUGAAGGUCUACAAAUUAUCUGUCACAUCAUUUAAGUCACAGUUAAUGUCAAUCACCCAAAGGGCAGGCCUAUGAUUUGUUAGCAACAACUUUAGACCAUGCAUCGGUCCACCCACUGUACUCCUCAGGGGUUAAUCUCUACCCUUAAAUCGCUAUCAAUCGGCUAGCAAAACUGGUCUCUUUAACACUGCUUUGCCACUGAAUAGUGAUUUAUCUGGCAAGUACCAUUACAUAUAAGUAGGUUUAGUUUGAUCGUCCGGGUGAACGUAGUCCUGAAUAGGACUGUUGUUGUUGACAGUGAGUGACGUUUCGACAACCUGCGCGGUAGUCAUCUUCAGAGUCAGGGACGAUCAUAGUAAACCUACUUUUGAAAUGACUCCUUGAUUCAAACCUUUCACAGUAUCUCCAUCUAUAUUCUGAGCAACUCGGGCUUGAUCUUGUUUGGUUUGAAUGACCUUACAGUCUGUGCAAACUUUGCCUUAAAUCCUUUGUUGAUACAGAAAACUAGGAGCUCAGAAUAUUUUCCUCUACGUAAGCCUCCACUUUGUUGUCUUAUUCUUUGUCCUCUGUUUUUGUUUAGUUAUUGCAAACCCAACAACAGGAACACAGGUACGUAAUAGUCACAUUUUAUUCUAACUGAGAAAAAUAUGUUAACUUCGUCACAUACGAGCCUACUGCCUUCAGUUAGUUGCUGGGCCUUUAAUUUCUCUCAGAAGACUCACCGGAUAAAGGCUAUUUACUUGUGUCAUAUGUGUGACAAGGUUUAGCAAUGGCAAAAAUGUCUGUGUAGACAGACUUUGUAAGAUGGUGCAUGAAGUUCCGUGGAUAGACGAGAAGCAUUGUUCGUACCCACGUUAAAACCUGUAUUUGUCGCAAGUUGAAAAGUUGAUGCAGAAAGAAGAGAGCAAACCGUGUACCAUUGUAUCUCGUGACUCCCGCGUAAUUUAAUCCAAGACAGUAUUCACGCAACUUGCAACAACCUUGUUUGUUGCGAGACAGGUUUGCCUCGUGGGUGGUAAAACGCGUAACAUAGCUUUUCAACUCGUUUUGUAGCAAUGUUGCAAAACAUGUUGCACGUUUCUGUUGCCCGUUUUACUGUAGCUUUAAUGAUGGGAUGGUCGUCUUCACGUGACAUUCACACCUUAACGGCUCCCAUGGUCACCUCCAAAUAUUAUUUCCUUAGCACGUGAUGUUGUUAUUCGACUCAGUCUUACCCAAUUUUACCACUUAAGAAAAGGUAAACACGGACAAAAUGCCGCGUCGUAACUCAGUAGAGUUUUGAUUUUCACAGUAAAAUUCUAGCGUGGCAGUUUUUUUGCUCAGACAAUGGCGGAGAACUAGAUGAAGCAACGUUUGACCUGAUUUUAUGAUUAUUCGUUCAACGUCGCUCGCAUUUUCAGUACAUAACCCGUAAAAUAUAUGCUCGUGUUAUCUAACAAAACACCUCAUUUUGUUUAUUUUUAAUUAUUGUAUGGUCGUUGAAAUAGUUUGACCAUGUUUGACACAAUUUUCCUUGUUUUCUUAGAAUCACUUUCCUAUUCCGGAGAUACUCAGAAAUCCUUUAUCUGACGAGAAUACUUACAUGGAACCCGUAGAAAGAACUCGCAAAAACGUUGUUAGAUAUAUAGGUAGGUGAUUAUAUGGACAUAUAGCUUUUGUUUUUGUAAAAGAUUACUAAGGAAAAGUCAGUCUAAAUCCAUUGCGUCACUCUCAUUUUUUUUUCUUUUAGCAAAAAGGCUUCAAAUUUUAAAGACACGACCUUGACGUAAUUGCCUUUUUUUCGACUUUUAGAAUGACGAAAAGGCGAUGUAACUUCUCAAAGAUGAACAUAUACUUGCGUUAAAACCGUUUGACACAUACACCGAACGUGAUGUGCCCGGACAUCCACGCAACAGAUCAUCAAGUUCCCGCUUGUUAAGCGCUUUGUGUUUUUACAGAUAUUGUGACUCUUUGUCUCUGAGGGCGCAAGAUCUUCGUGUAACACAUCUACCACAUGGAAAGAGAGAAUGGCGAGAAAUGUCCCAUGCAGUUGUUUGUAAUAAGAUCCUACUAACAGUUUAUCCCACCUACCCCUCCCCUAACCCAACAUUUUGUUCUAAGUAAGAAGCUCGUGUUAACAUUGUAUUAAGGGAAGUAUCGGCGAUCCCCACAUAUGAAAGAUUGUUUUUAAUUGACUGGGAAAACUAUAGGGAUUGUCACAUAACAAUGCCCCUAUCCCUGACAACAAUGGAAGUGCAGAUUAAAGGGGACCAGUGAAAUAAGAGGUUUAGAACGGUGCAGGUCUACUGCAAGUUUCCCCACAAUCUUAAUACUGACCCUCCGGCUAUCUAAAGAGCCUUUUUAAAGCUCUGCAGGUACAUUCGUAGUGGCGCUCUAACGUUUUUAUCUAUACGGCAGUCUUCGGGGAACUUUUGCCCUUCCGAACCAGUUAGUUGGCUUUCUUGUUAUUUUCCCGAAGAUCUUAGAUGCUAUGUAAAGAUUUACGAGAACGGGAGACCUUCUAAAUACUUCUUCUUGCUGCCAUUCUCACAACCGAAAGUUUUGCGUCCUUUCUUACAAGUAAUAGCCAUAUCUAGGGAGCGAUCACCCAAGUUCGGAUUUUUGCAGGGAAUUUAAUGGAAAACUCCGCCGGAAAAUCUUGGAUGUAAAGAAGAGUUCUCUUGAAAUGUUUAGCCAUCUUUUAGCUAUGAAAAUUUCUAGGUAAUAGAAAACAGCUCCUAGCUGCGAGCCCCUGACAGUUUUCAUACCAACUGGGUACAAGUCAGUGCAGGUUACUCAAAAGAACGUAAGCAAAACGCAAGAUUCAACUUGCAGACCUUUAAGUUAAGCGUGAUUUUCAUUAGAUCACUGAACAGCGUUCAAUAAUUUUCAGUAAUUGAAUUGAAACAACUCUUCAAUGGCUGAGAUAAGUUUUUAAGGGCUGGAGUUUUUUAUAAUCGCCCCUACCAUUCAGAUCUCUGGAUUUUUCGCAGCCAUCUUAGGCGAUUAAACUUUUAAGACGGAAUCUAUCAGGAACUUGAGUAAUUUUGAUUUUCAGUGGACAAAAACCUUCUACCAGAAUAAAUUUAAGAAUAUCGCAUUCUUUUUUACAUUUUUCAAGGGCUAAAGAUGUAAUAAAUCAUCUCUAGUAACACCAAAGAAAAUUUCUCAUGGAAGUCCGAGAAAAUGAAUGUCAAAUUUCACAGGAAUUGUGAUUACACGGGUAAAAUUCUGAAAUUUCAUGUGAAAGAUGUCAUUUUGUGAAAUUUGACAUUUGUUUUCUCGGGCUCUCAUAAGAAUUUUUUUGUGUGUUACUACAGAUGAUUUAUUACAUCUUUAGCCCUUGAAAAAUGUAAGAAAGAAUGCAAUAUGCUUUAAAUUACUCUGGUACAAGAUUUUUGUCCACUGAAAAUCAAAAUUACUCAAUGUCCUGGUGGAUUCCGUCUUAACUUAUUUUAUCUCUGUUAUCACUUAUUCAGGUGAUACAUCAUAUGACAACGAUGGAGAGGUACUUAUUAAGAAGAAUCCGGGUGCGAAGGACUCCCCGCCUUUGAACAACAUAAAAAUGAAGCCCCUUAACACUUCUAAUAGGAGGAUACAGAGAGAACACACUUACGACAAUAGGGAACAAUUCACAAGAGGCAACGGGCCGGACGGAGAGAAACCAAUUUAUGAUAAUCCGGAGGGCACAAUAAAUGAAGAGAAGCCUGUUUAUCAGAGUUUGAUCAAGGAUGAUGCUCGUGCGCGGUUUAAUUCUGACCCGAAAGCAGCAGUGUAUCAGAGUUUAAACCCAGAUGGGAUGAUGUACCAACCAUUGCAGAAAAAUACUGUUCAACAGGUGAGAAGGCGCAUGUCUCGGUCUAAUGUGAAUCUGUUUAACCACAUCCGUUAACCCUUUUACCUCUGAUGGUGGGCAAAGAAAAAUAAAAUUUAUUUUUGUAAAAUCCUUAGAAAUAAAUGGUACCAUUCAAAAGUUCUACCAAAAAGGUUUCAUUUAAAUGGCAACACAAUAGAACUUGAUCCACAGAUUUAAAAGUUAGGUUGAGACGUUAACUCAUUACAAGAGUUGGUCCAGUAGUUAACCCAAAUUAGUUUCUACAGAAUCUAACCUCUUUGUACAUUUAUUCAAAACCUUUCUGCCUUUUCACUUAUUCGUUAUUCAAAUGUUAAAACAAAGGAAGCUACAAGCCCUAAACGCCGGUUUGAAUAUCAAAUUAAAACGCCUCAUUCUUGCAUCCUCAAGUUCUUGCGGGAAACUAUUUUGUCUUUUUACCAAACACGCACUCAUAACAAUGUUUCAUCACGAUAUCAAUCAUAUCAAAGUUCGUCAAAAAUACUAGGCCAUGCCAAGGGUCGGGUUUUCAACUUUGUUCAUGUUGUUUUAUGUGUGAUGAAACACUAUAGUACAGUCAAACCUCCCGUAAGCGACCACCCAGAAUGUGAAGAGUCAGUUGUCACCUACGGGAGUCGAACUGCUGGAGGUCGAACUGCAGAGAAGCCACGAUUUGCAUGCAAUUUUAAAGUUACUAUAUAUGUAUAUCUAUGUUGUUUCUAAGAGAUCUUUCCAUACUCUGAGUAGCGAAGUACACGAAGUUAACACAAAGAUCAGACAUCAGACCAUUGUAUCGGAAGGUCGCUUGGAAGAGGUUAAAAACAAUGAAAAAUUCCAAAACCGAAAACCGUUUACCAGAAGUUUCAAUUAUAAAGCCAUCUGGGAAAAUUUUCGUGUUUUGAGAGGUGGUCGCACUUGGAGGUUCGACUGUACAUGUGUACAAUACAUAUUGUACGGUGUUUUUGUCACUUUCGUUUGCUUGUUGGUCUGUCAAAACUAAGGCCAGGUCUCCUAUGUAGCCGUUCGUUGUCUUGUCACGCAACGGAGCCCUGCCUGACGAGACAGAGAAUAGGGCGACGACAAGAGCCUUAAUGGGACCAUUGUGGCUCUUGGUCGGCGACGCAAAUCAGCAAGAGAUCACCUAGCCUGCGUUGCAGCUGACCCACACAUCGUCUAGGCCAUUACUAGAGUUGGGUUAGAGUGUCUUAGCCUGUUUCAGGCGUCACAGAUCUUAGAGAGUGGGCGCAAAAUUGACGAUAGCCUGCGAGCAAGCUCUCCUAUUUGGGCGAGCGAAGCCGCGAGGGGCCGGGGCGUUCUCGCGAGGCUCGCUUCGCUUGCCCAAAUAGGAGAGCUUGUUCGCAGGCUAAAUUGACGAGGAAAAACAAAAACAAAAACAAAACAAAACAAAACUGGGGGGAGACCAGAGCUCGCUCCAUUUUCCCCUUGUUUUCCUCCUCAUUUUCCCCUCGUAUGAUUAGACUCGCUCCUCACCAUCGGAACGCCGCGGUCUACUACUUGAAUGCCUGGAAGUCUGGAACAGGCUAAGAGUGUCUGCGAGGUAGGGUCCCUAUUGCCUAUGUCUACUUUGACCACUCUUUUAAUACGGCAAAUUGGUGUUAGUAAUAAUUUUAUUUUUCUUUAAGUGGCGAGAAGAUAUUCCAGAAUACCUAGCUCUACUCAAUCCAAAUCAAAGCUCAAGGAACCUCUCACCCAGUCCCCCAGAGUACCAGCCUCCAUACUCCACAGGCCCACCCCCAGAGAACGCUGAAGAGUCUCCGGAAUACGCUGAUUAUGCCGAUUUGGACGAACUCGAGGAAAUUGCAGCGAAAGAGGGCUCUAAGAAGUGUCCCAAGGAGGAUCCGUCUUAUGCAGCACCAUUGUAUAAUGCGCUUGAGGGACCCAGCUAUGACUAUGCCUGUGCGGCCGGUGGUGUCGUGUAUGAUAUUCUAGAGGGACCUGAUUCUGAAUCAAAUGGUAUCACAAAUCAGGGCUUUGAGCCCCCAAUGUAUGCGGUCCUCGAAGGCCCUAACACAUGCCCAUCAAAUCAUUAG